AUAAAUAUUUCAUCAUUCUCCGAUUUCAUCUCCAAGAUGAACGCUUGAACUCCACCACGAGUUACAUGAACUGAAACUCUGUCGUUUAUAUAAUUAUAUAUAAUUUUCACCCCCUGAUCAAAGUGGCAAAAUAGCCGACAAAAUAGAGUAUCCGGGUGGUAGCGGUAUGUACGGGGGUGGCACGGGUAGCGGUGGGUAUGGAGUGGGUUUGGGCCCAGGAGCGGGCCCGUCGCAUUACAUACCCUCCGCCACGUCCGUCGGCUAACCCCCGCCGCCCCCACCGGCCUGCCCAAGCGCCGGAAAUCAGCUGCUCACUUACGGGACCAACUUAUCGCCCCAUCACAUGCAGCAGACCCAUGCAGGAGACGCGCAACAGUCCAAAAGACGGAGAUCCGACGAGGAUGAUCCCAGUGGGUGUAAAUAUAGAAGGUUGGAGAACGAGAAUGUACAGGACAAAGAAAGAUUUGCGAGCAGGGAGAAUCAUUGCGAAAUUGAGCGGCGGCGGCGGAACAAAAUGACCGCCUAUAUCACCGAAUUGUCCGACAUGGUGCCGACGUGUUCAGCCCUGGCCAGGAAACCGGACAAAUUGACCAUACUCAGGAUGGCGGUCGCCCAUAUGAGAAACCUCAGAGGAACCGGAAACACAAGCUCAGAUGGCGCGUACAAACCCUCCUUCCUCACCGAUCAAGAGUUGAAACAUCUGAUUCUCGAAGCAGCGGAUGGCUUUUUGUUCGUAGUCAGCUGCAAUAGCGGAACGAUCAUCUACGUAUCCGAUUCUGUGGCGCCAGUUUUGAACUACACACAAAAUGAUUGGUACGGCACCAGCCUCUAUUCACAGGUUCAUCCGGACGACACAGAGAAAGUGAAGGAACAAUUGAGCGGUGCCGAGCCGGAAAAUGGAGGCAGAGUGCUGGACCUGAAAACGGGGACAGUAAAAAAGGAAGGACAAUCAUCGAUGAGACUAUGCAUGGGAUCGAGGAGAGGCUUCAUUUGUCGCAUGAAGGUGGGCAACAUGCAGACGACAGGCGACAUGGCGGCCGCUCAUGGCCUCCAUCACGUAAAACAGAGGAAUUCGCUCGGUCCACCGGCCCGCGAUGGCCAAAAUUACGCGGUGGUUCAUUGUACAGGGUACAUCAAAAGCUGGCCCCCAAACGGUGAUUUUGUUCCCCCAUGUGUACCAGGUAUGGGACUAGCUGAUAGAGAGGCUGCCGGUGUUCCAGUUGGACCUGAUGGUGUAGUUACAGACGAGAAUGUUAGCAGUCACUGCUGUCUGGUUGCCAUUGGGCGACUACAGGUCACUAGCACGCCAAAUAGUAGCGAUUUAGCGGGUUCAAAUAGCAAUAACGAAUUUAUUUCACGUCAUUCAGCAGAAGGUAAAUUUACCUUUGUAGACCAAAGAGUCGGAGGAAUUUUAGGAUACACACCUUCCGAGCUCUUAGGUCAUCCGUGCUACGAAUUCUUUCAUCCUGAGGAUUUAACGCAUAUGCGAGAAAGUUUCGAACAAGUACUAAAGCUGAAAGGACAAGUGGUGUCUGUAAUGUAUAGAUUUCGAGCCAAAAAUCGUGACUGGGUAUGGUUAAGGACGUCUGCAUUUGCAUUUUUAAAUCCGUACAAUGAUGACGUUGAAUAUAUCGUCUGCACAAAUACACAUGCCAAGUCAUUCCAUCCUGGUAGUGAUGGUCAAACAGAAAAUGAAGCUGUACCUGCUUAUGGACAACCUGGUUUGGAUUAUUCCCUUCAAAGACAUCCUGCUAGGGAUCCUCUUUAUUCUGGGCAUCAUAUGAUGCAACAUCCAGCAACUGUUGCUACAGCUGGUCCCCAGCAGCCUAGGCCGUCCAGUACACAAAAUGUUUAUCAGGGAUAUGAAACAACACAAUCGCCUAUAGCUUACGGCUCACCUGGUCAGCAAAGUGCAUCUUCAUCAGUUUUAAGUAGAAUUCAAAAACCAGCUAAUACAUCGCCAACUCCAGUACAACAAGCAUGGGCUAUUGGAAGACAGCAACCUGUAACAGAAGGAUAUCAGUACAAUCAAUUAAGUCCUUCGAGGUCACCAAAUGGACCAACUUAUACUCAAUUAAGUAGCGGUGCUAGAACACCGGCUACGCAAUAUCAUGCAGUCACAACAGUACCUAAUAACCCUGGCAUGUGGGGAUGGCAAAGCCAGCAACAUCAAACACCUCAACAAGACGGUGGACAAUCAAAUCCUCAAGUGACUGGACAAGCGCAACAACCUCAUCCUUCUCAAGCUGGACCUGGCACGCAACCUCAAGAAUUAUCAGAUAUGUUACAGAUGCUACAAGAUCAAGGUGGAGCAUCUGGUUUCGAGGAAUUAAAUAUGUUUAAUACUAAUUUCGAGUAGCGACAACAAAAUAAUAUGGAAGAUAAACAUCUACCUUAAAAGAGCUUUAAGGUUCGAAUUUCAUUGAUAAAAGGAUUGUUUCGUAAAUCACUCUUACUUCAGCAUUUAAUGGUGAUAUGAAAAUUCGCCAAUCAGCACCUCAUACAUAAACUUUAAUUGAAUUGACUAAUUUACCAUUCAUCUGACUUUUAUAAUUAAUUUAUGAGUGCUUCCGUUUUGCGAGAAGUUUCUAUUUUAUUGGUUUACAGUACGAUUUUAAUAACCGUAUCAAAGUUUGCGCAAUUAAAUUAUUCAAAAUUCGUGAAUAUCAUUUUGCGAAAGUGCCAUUAAAUGUUCUAUUUAAAAAGUAGAAUAUAUAAAGUGGAAACUUAUAAUACGCACAGAUGGAUCAUUUGAUGAAAUUUAGAAAACUUUUAACGAAAUACGAGGUUUUUAGCAUUUGAUAUGACAAAUAACAGAAUAAAAUCAUUUUCAACAGGAAAUUAAUUAAUUUAUAUUUUUAAGUUUUUCUCUUUUUUUUUUCUUGUAAUUAAAAUAUAGAUUAGUAUUGAACGAAUGAUUGUAAAAUUCUUUUUUUUAUCAUUUUUUUCUAUUGAUUUAAUCUUAAAAUAGAAAAAACAAUUUAAAAAAAGACAAUGUAAAUUAAGAAACGACUUUUUAACUCUUCUCACUGUUAAAGAAAAAAAAUGCAAUUAUAAUAACGUAAGUUAUAUUUAAAUUGUAUAUGAAGUUUCAAGAACGAUAAGAUAAUAGAGAGUUUCAUAUGAAGUUUCAUUGAAUUGUUGUUAAAUGAAUGUAAGUAUAUGUAUAAAAUUUUGGAUAAAAAAGAAAAGGCAAAAAAUGCGUGUAAGAUUUAUAAUUGUUUAAGAAAAAGUGAUUCUUCAUUAAAAUUUUAAAUGAAAAUGUA